AACGGAUAUCUGAGCAGACCUCUUCAACAACUCGUACCCCACAACUUUCUGCACUACUUCCACCAUACUUUUACAUUUCCCCUCCUCCCUUCCUCAUCAGUUCACAUGCACCCCCAUCCGGACAUGUGUACACCUGGCCCUCUGCUUUGGACCUGGUCCGGCUGUAGCCUCGACCGUCUACCCAGCAUGAACGUCUCACAGCCAGCCUUAUAAAUCGCCGAAUCCUACCCAUGGAGUGGUUCUUAACCAGAAGUUACGAACUCCUUACCCUAUGGAAGGAUCGGGGCUUGGUUGCCGCAAGGCUGGAUGUCCCGUUUUGGUUUUCCAAGACGGGCAUCAUGUGAGAUACGUUCUGCUAGCUGUCGAGGUUAUCAGUCGGCCUUGGUCCAGAGCGGCAGGAUCAUUUUUUGCAGACGUCUGGAUGAAGAACAAAUGUUAGUGUGGCCGUCCUUUCCACAACUUGGAGUAGCUGGGACACGCAUCGCGCACCAAGCACUACCAUUGCCGCCACAAUGCCUGGCUGGGAAAGUUACUCUCACCGAAACUCUCGCCUUCACCAGCAAGGGUUCGUGUCCCAUCGCUAGCGUGAGGCAGAAAAGGUCUCAUGUGCUUGCCGCACGAGUAUUCCCCUUCGCGCGAGGUACGUUACCCUACUACACCAUGGUCAUGGGCGGGCUAUCCUCCUGGCUUUUAUCACCCCCUCUCCCUACUUCCAUAUUUCCCUGUCACUGUCUGCAGCCCGCAAUGACGAUAAACCAACGGCCAGAGGUGCGCCGAUGCAGAGGAUCGUGCUUGCUUCUCUCGCUUUCUGUUUUCCACGACAGAAGGCUUGUAGGGAAGACAGGGCGCCUUCUUUGCGUCUAGAGCAGCACCGAUGACGGAUAAAAUUGUAGUUUUCAAUCGGAGGGGGUUUGCAGGUAGACUUUACACUCUGCCUGGGGGCCUUGGAACGAGAUGGAGAGACCCUUACACCUUUCUCCUUUUCCUCUUCCCAAACAAUGAACACGGAGCCCGGUGAUGACCGAAUUCCAAAAAGCCAAAUUUGCAGGCAGCAGAGCUAUAGGUCUACAAACAACCUUUCUAUCACUGAAAGGAGAUUUGGCUCGCGUUGUCAGUGAGAACUUAAGAGAGCUAAUCU